AUGCGCGGGCCCGGGCGCCCCCUCCUCCUGGGGCUGCUGCUCGUGUUGGGGGCGACGAGGCCCGGCCGAGGGGGCGCGGAGCCCCGGGAGCCCGCGGACAAGCAGACGCUGCUGCGCCUCAUGGUGGAGAUCGUCCAGGAACUCAGGAAAUAUCACUCGGGGGACCCCAAGAGGCUGCGGGUCCUCGGCGCGCAGGAUGACGCCCUGCGCCUGGGGGAAGCAUACUAUGGCACAGACCCGGAGGAGCAGAGAGUGGAAAUCGUUCCUAGAGACCUCAGGAUGAAAGACAAGUUUCUGAAACACCUCACAGGUCCACUCUACUUUAGUCCGAAGUGCAGCAAACACUUCCACAGACUUUACCACAACACCAGGGACUGCACAGUCCCUGCAUACUACAAGCGAUGCGCGCGGCUCCUUACCCGGCUGGCCGUCAGCCCCGUGUGCGCCGAGGGAUGA